AUUGUCGUGCUUUGUGGACGCGCAUGCUGCUCUCAUAUAGGCGCGGCGCUGGCCUGCACCAGCGCCUCGCGCCUGACCCUAUAGCUUAGUACUUAGCCGCCCGGCGCCCCGCGGGCGUCGGCAGUGCACGGCUAGAGCAAGUGGGGGCUGAAGGAGGACACCACCGCUGUAAGCUUCGCUCGAGCAUCUUGGGUUGCGCCCAUUACAGCAUACCCUGGGUACGGUUUGCUGGUCAGCCGGACCUAGCCUACACGUUGGCCUGCAGCUGGCGAGGUAGUCCCCUGGCGGCCCAGAGCAGCCGCGACGCACGGGAGCCACGAUAACCAGAUCUGCAGGCGGGCGCGUCAAUGAGCAAAUUCACGUGGCGGCGCAAGGACAUGAGACUGUGGCCAAGACUGUGGCGCUCACGGCUGCGGAGGCCGCGGACCUGGCAAAGCCUAACCUCCUGACCCCUGGCGCCGCCCACUUCAUUAUCGCCUAUAAAGAUAGCCAUGAGCUCUAGAAACGAGAAACGAAGGGGGGGCAAGGCUUCAAGCGCGACUGCGCGUGCGCAUCGGCGAUGCAGCCGAUUGCCUCAUGGUGGAGGAGCUGAGUCUGAAGAAUGCUUUCGCGUCUUUGCGUUCCUAAAAGAAAGGACGAUACUUGAGCAUGCGUCGUACCGCAAAGUGGACCGGUAACCCGCAGCGCCCCUGACCUUCGUCGAUCCUUUUUUUCUCUCCACUGAUCCCUCGUGGUCGACGUGAAAUCAGCAACGCCCCUCUGAGGGCAGCCCCUUUCCGGGCGAUGGACCAAACGCAGCGGCAGAUGAUGCGCGAAGCUUUGUCUGGCGUAGGGUUUAAGGAGGCCCAAAUCAGCAGCUUUGCCGACGCUACGCUUGACAAGCUCUGCGCUGCCAACUUCCACGCGUCGGGGCGCCUUCAGUCGGCCACCCGCGAGGACCUCAAGGAUGCUGGCCUGGCGCCCGGGGACGUGGGCUUCAUUAUGGGCAAGGUGCAAGGCGCGGCGGCUGGCCAGGGCACAGCACAAGCUGGUGAUGCAGUUGCGGCGGCUGGCCUGGGCAUGGGGAGCGCGGCAGGGGCCGGCGUUCGGCCAACGGUCUUCCUACGAUCUCCGCUCCCAGACGCGGCCCUGCCAUCCCGCUUUGACAAGCCUAGUCGCUCGCUGAAGAUAGAUCACGCGGAGCCCGUAGAUUGCAAGACCUGGGAGCAUGUGGCGCCGCAAGAACGCAUUCCCGCGCUCUUCGGCCGCUUGGCGGCCGCAUGUGGCAGCCACGCCACUGCUAGCGGCUUCCAAGCUAUGGGCGGGGCCGGCCAUGGUACAAGCAGCACGGAGGGCGGCGGCGGCGGCGGCGGCGGCAGCAGCAGCAGCAACAGUGGGGGUGGCGGCAGUAGCUUCGACGCUGAGGUGCUCACGCUCAUCAUGCAUGCGGAUGACAUCUUCUGCAGCGCUGACGGCGAGCCUAUUCGGGUGCUGCUUCAGCAGCAAGGGCCGCCUGAAGUGCUCAUCAAUGAAGCUGUCGCCUGCUUCGGCACGCGCCCGCUGCUCAAGGUGCUGACCAUCCUGGUCAACGGCCUGUUGGAGCGGUUGCGUGGCGGCGCCAGUGCCGACCGCACUGCAGCGGCGGCAGCAGUGGGCAGUGGGGCAGCGGCGAAGCCGGCGCCCGCCGGUAUAACGCCUGGGGUGGAGCCGGCGGCUGGUAGUGAUGCUGCGGCCGUGCCAGCUGCCAGGACUGGCCGCGUGAGCAGUGUUUAUUGGGGUGCUGAGAUGAGCCUUGAGAAGAUCCACGAGGUGGCCAGCAGCCAGGAGGGUCUUGAGUGGCUUGUGCAGGGAGGGGGCGGCUCGCUGCGCCCAGACAUGCCGCUCAUUGUAGUCAUCUCGGAUGACGACGCGACCUGGCAGCAGUGCCGCAGCUUUGUGGAGAUGAAGGCGCCAGCACUGAUGCUGGAGGGCAGAACGCCGCGCUCGCUGGUGGACCUGUGGCUGAGCGGCGACACACGUGUUCGCGCCAUAUUGGCACAGGUGGGCCCCACAGCCCUCGCCCGAGCCCCAGCGAGCCCCAGCCCGAGCCGUAGCACUCGCCCGAGCCAUGCAGCUGCAUAAGCAGCAGACCGCCUCAAUGCGUUUGUGACGGCAUGCGCGCUACAGUUGCUGGGAUGGGCUUGUUCGCGUGGACGGAAGCGCGCACACUGUAGCCCCUCAGUGCC